CCUAAAUAAGCACUCCCUUCUAAGAUACCGCACAUACAACAAUUUAGUUGAAUAUGUGCAAAGUUCUGACAAGAAUGUUUGUCAGAAUAGCUUAAUAAACAAAAUUAGUAACUUAAGAUGCGCAUUGAGAAAAGAGUACAUUGUAUGGUAAUAAUAAAGUAGAAAGCGGAAACGUUUCUGGUGCUGUAAGUCUAAAAGAUAUUUUCACACCAAAAUUACAGUAUUAGUAUUACGAUUUUGUUCUUCAAAGUCAAAGUCAAAGACCAGGAUAUGUGUGUCCUUAUCCACGUACGUAAAAAUAUCCUUUUUUAUAAUCCGCAGAGUACAAUGUCAGUUCCUUUUAAAAGGUGCGUGUUAGUGUUACAUGUAGUGAAUUCCACCCGCCAAAGAAGCCAUUGUUUGCACCAUAAUGAUUAUUUCGCCUUAUUUUUUCUUUAGAGAAGUGCUCAAAACUAUACAGGCUUCAGUAACGUCACUUUGGGUGGGAGCCAUUUUGAUAAUGAGCUGGCCUGUACGCGUGUAGUGUGUUGGCACGGAUGAGAUCACUCACGGAUCCGAUCGUGAGACCAUCUUGAGACCAUCCGGAGACUUAUUAUAUAGAACUGUUUUGAGAUCGUCUUGAGGUCGUCGCGAGACCAUCUAUAGACUGUUUUGAGAUCGUCUGGAGGUCGUCCCGAGACCAUCUAUAGACUGUUUUGAGAUCGUCUUGAGGUCGUCGCGAGACCAUCUAUAGACUGUUUUGAGGUCGGGAACUGCGUAUAGUGAGAGGGUGACUUGACUUGAGUCAUUUAUUUUAGUGAUCCUGUGUCUACAUCCAAAGAACGGGUUUUAAUUUGGGGCGCAAAGAGAGGGACUUUUUAUGACUCGAUCAGGAUAAAAAAAAAAAAAAAAGAAACCAUAUUUUUUGUUUAGUUGGUCCAGAAGUUUUGUGGGCAUAGAUCUUGGUAAAUGUGAACGAAAUGUUUUUUUCGCGAACGGACGAAAGUAAACAACAUUGUGGUUCUGACACGUUUUCUUUGGUGUAAACCCACAGUGGGUAAAAAGAGUAGUAGGUGAUUUGCAGCGUACACCUAAAACGUUAAAGAUUGGGAUGUGUAUUUUGGUCAAUACCACAUAGUUUAAUGUAACCUAUGUCAAAGAAACAUGUUCCAACAGACGGGAGAGUUGAACUUCUCCGAAAUGCACGGGAAGAUGUCUAGACAUCGUUGGGAGGAACUCUACAACAAGCUUACACUGAAAUGUGGGGGCAGGGAGAUGUCGCUGUCUCCAAAUGAACGAUUAUAGUAGGCAUGGUUAGAUCUACUGCAAAUCAUUUAUUUUACCUUUAGUUUAGUGAUCCUGUAAAUGUAAUAGUAAUGUGUGUAUGCAUCCAAAAUUAGAGAAGCUUUUUAUACAUUAAUAUUAUUAUACUGAAUCAAUGAAGAUUCAAGAAAAAAAAUUGUUUUGGUCGCUGGCCUACAGGGGCACCAUCCAAAGCUUCGUACGCAUUUGUAAAUUGAAUUUAAUGAGCUGAAGAAUUGUUACAACGAACGCGGACAGACGAAAGUGAACAAGUUAUAAACGCGAUAAGUUUCUUAGACCUCCCCUUGUUCUUCCGGUCUCUAAUAUACUGCUGAAACUGUUCUAAAGCUCUUCAUACUUGUUUGAUCGUUCAUAAACAAAAUGAACGUCUCUAACGCUUGAACAUUGUACUGUAGCAUCUAACUUGGAACAUGAAACGAAUGUUUGACCAUUCCUCCUCAUGGCAACCUUUAUUCGUUGAUCAGAAUAAUUAUGUGUGCAAUAUGGAGAUGCUGUCAUGAAAUAUACGAAAAAUGUAGAUCUAUCAAGUGAAUUGAAAGGACAGAAUGGGGCGCCGUUCCAACUUGGAAAUUGAAAGGAAACCAACAAAACGAGUCGGCAGUCGGCCCACUGUGCUUUAUCGACAUGCUUCCUGGGUACCUGGCGAAGCCCACAAACAUAAGUGGGGGAAAAAGCCACGCUAACUGUCAACGCAUUGGUUCUUCAUUAAGUCCGCAUACCCGCCAAGUACCCUAUAUCGACACAUCAGGCUUUAGUAGGUCAUGUAGGGCCUACAUAGUGUAGUCUCCAACACAGUACAGUGCCACACAGGCGUGAGCGUCUCGCGUGCUGGGCAUCACCUCCCUACCCCCACUCGCGAUCGCUCAUCCCGCUUCCCAAUUUUCAGCCUGUCACUGGCAAGUGCCACGGUCAGUGAGUCAGUACCUUGCAUCCAUUUUCCCCAGCAAGCGGCCAUAAACUGUAAUAAACAGGCCUAUUACAAGGAUGCUACAACAAAGUUUGCGCUGGGGUGUAGUGUGUGCCUCGUGUUGCUCGGUCUUUGGUAUCGUAACUCCAACCCCCCCUGCCUCUUGUUACUUUCACUGUGUAGUUGUGUAAGCCUACAUCAUCUUAGUGGAGCUAGAGAUCUAUUCUUAGCUUCACAUCUUCACUCAUGUUCAUUCUCUCACCGUACAUUGCAGAAAGUGGACACAUUUUCUACUACUGCUCUGUUCCAGCAGGAUUGCUAAGCCUCUCCUUUUCGUCCAGUGGCACCAUGACCAUGAAACGGAAAAACCUUAGCAUUGAGAUGAAAAUUAAACUUCUUGCUGAUGUUGACAAGAAACUGCUAUCAAAAAAAGAAAUCGCUGCCAAGUACGGCAUUCCUCAUAACACUCUGUCCACCAUAGUGAAAAACAGAGAGAAGAUCGAAAGCCUCACUUCUAGGGACCUGCAACCCGAACGCAAAAGACAGCGGAAAUGUGGCAGUGCCGACGUUGAUAGAGCUUUGUUUGUAUGGUGUAAGCAAGCUCGAAGCAUCAAUGCCCCUAUAUCUCGGACGAUCAUGCAAACUCAAGCCGAGUUAAUUGCUGCUGAACUCGGAGACGUUGACUUCAAGGCCUCACCUGGAUGGCUGGACCGCUUUAGGCGCCGGCACGGCAUUGCUUACCAAACAAUGAGUGGAGAAGCAGCCUCGGUGAACCAGACUGUGGUCUCUGAUUGGCAGAAGACUGUUCUGAGUGCACUCUUGAAGGACUAUUCUCCUCGAGACAUAUUCAACGCUGGCGAAACUGGGCUGUUUUUUCGAUGCUUGCCUGAUAAGACUGAUACCUUUAAAGGAAAAAAGUGCACCGGCGGCCAACAAGCCAAGGACAGGCUGACCGUGAUGGUGGCUGCCAAUAUGGACGGGAGUGAAAAGCUUCCACUACUGGUGAUUGGGAAAACCACAAAGCCUCGGUGCUUCUCAAAUGCCAAGAGCCUCCCAGUCGACUACCGUGCCGACAGAAAGGCAUGGAUGACGUCCGGCAUUUUUGAAGACUGGCUUAGAAAACUGGAUCGUAAGUUUUUAAUUCAAGGCCGGUCCAUUCUGAUGAUUGUCGACAAAUGUCCAUCCCAUCCAGUGGUAUACGGCUUGGCAGCAAUCAGACUGAAAUUUUGGCCAGCAAACAGGAGCAGCCACAGCCAGCCUUGUGAUCAAGGGAUUAUACAUUCCUUCAAACGGCACUACAGGGAGAAGGUGGUGAAGAGGUUCUUGGCCUACAUCAGUGGUGGACAGUCAGCCUCUGGUGACUCGAGUGCCUUUCACAUCUCUGUGCUCGAUGCACUGUACUACAUGCGGUGGGCGUGGGAUCGUGUGAGCAGAAAAACCGUCGCAAACUGCUUUCGGCGUGCUGGUUUUCUGGACACCGGUCCGCCCAACUCUAGUCGAGAAGAAGUCAAUGACACAGACACACAGAGGGUGGCCGAUGACGCAGGGGAGUCGGUGAUGGGGGAGCUUUUUGACAGGCUGCGAGAGUCUGCGGUAGUGACCAUAACUGCGGAGGAGUAUGUCUGUUUCGACACGAAGGUUGAGACCGCAUUGGAAAUGUCAGUCAGCAGUGAGAGAGUUAACAGCAUCUCAGACACAAAGGAGUCAGAAUCGGAAGAAGACGACGGCGAAAUCGAACCAGGGGCAAAAGUUUCCGCCGAUGAGGCAAAGGAUGCCAUGAAGAAACUGAUGCAGUAUGCCCAGCAGCAUGAGCAGGGUGAAAAGCUGUUCUCUAUUCUAAUGUCUGCUGAAGAUGCGAUCGAUGAACUGACUCAGCGGCCUAAAAAGCAAACGUCCAUCAAACAAUUUUUCACAAAAUUAAAGUGAAGAAGGCUGGUGACAAGCUCACUGGAUCCCCCCUCCCCCCUCCCCCUCGACAUUUUUAUUUAUCUAUUCGACGUCAAAUCCACUUCCCAAAUCAUAUAUAUAUAGAUAUAAGCGGAUUAUAUGACAUCUGUACAGAGGAGGAAGACGUGAAACCUGUCAAUAAACCAGAGUGCCUCACAGAUAUCUGUACGGUGAAAACCGAACCGCUAUUUGGACAUGAUGAAGUGUGUGUGUGUGUGUGUGUGUGAGUUUGUCAUUUUGUGUGUGUAUGUGUGUGUGUAUGCAUAUUAUGAAAACAGUCUUAUAUUUAAUGCAAAGUGUUUUAUGAGAAUGCCUGAUCAAUAAUGUGAGGCAUCGUGGUGAAAUCAGGCGCUGGUCCAAAUAAUGAAAUUGUUGGCGUUUUUCCCUCCAGUUUGGCCAGUUUUUUUUACUUUUGUUUUUUGCCUCAACACUUUUUGCAUCCGUUUAAAAUUGAAAAACAUAUUUCU